GUGGGUAUAGGGUUCCUUGGAAAUGGGAAGGUCUACUCCUAAACCUUGCUUCUGCAGGCAGGGUGCUCUCGCAACCACCGAAACCAUACUCCAGUUAAGCUUCAGUAUACCGAAAAUAAGAUGCCAAGAAUGAUUACCUGUCCAGCGACUCACCGUACGGGCUGAAUGAUGGGGUAGAGUUCCCUGGCACCUACCUCUAUAACGCACCUGGCUCCUGCCUAGGCAGUUCUUCGCCCGCAUACUUCCCAGAAUCUCAGUCACAAUCUCAGGCAGUAACCAACCUCCCACCUAAGGCUUGACACCAAGCCUCAGCUCGAGUCAUCAACUGCAUUCCCUUCCUCACCUGCAGUCUCCUUUCACUAACCCACCGCCUUCUCCCAAUAUCACACCUCCAAACCCUCGAUCCCCCAACCGGCCGCAAGGGGCAAGACUCACCCAAGGCGCCACCACCAUGACAUCCUCAAUCCCCUCCCACCCACUCCCAAGCGGCCACCACCUAGCAAUCCCCAUCCCCGACCACCACAGGCCCAGCACUAUCAGCCCAGGCCUCUACCUCUCCAGCCGCAAACCCACCCAGGACCCCUCCAUGCUGUCGCAGAUCGGCAUCACCGCCGUGCUCAGCAUCCUAACAGCGAGGGAGGCACGGGAGCUACACCUCCACCCUAACCAGGCACCGGACCCAAGCCAAUCAUCCCCGGACUCGCCCCCGCGGCUGCGGCGGCAGUGGAUCGAGAUGCGGGACUCGAGACGGGCGAACCUCCUCGUCCGGCUCGGGGACGCGUGCGACUUCAUCGACGCGGAGAUCGCGGCGGCAACCACCACCACCACCGCCGCCGCCGUCGUCGGGGGGGAGGACGAGGAGAGAAGAAGGGAUGGCGGCAAGGUGCUGGUGCAUUGCUGGGCCGCGCGGUCGCGGUCGGCCGCCGUGGCGGCGGCGUACCUGAUGCGCUGGAUGCGGUGGACGGCCGCGCAGGCGCUGGGGCACGUGGCGGCGGCGAGGCCCGACGUGCGGCCGAACCCGGGCUUCGUCAGGCAGCUGGAGGUGUGGAAGGCGUGCGGGUACGACAUCUGGGAGGCGUACGGGUACACGUCUGGGGGGCGUACGAGUACGACAUCUGGGAGGAGGAGGAGGAGGGCGAUGGGGUAG